AUGAGAGAUGAAACUAUUGUUAUGAUGGAAGCUGAUAGAAGAUCAUUAUGUGUUACUAUAGAUAAUAAACAAUAUAAAAUUAAAGUGGAAGAAUUACGAUCAACAGGCGAAACAUGUCAAAAAAUGAAAGAUAUAGAUGAAAUUGAAAAUCAAAAUACAAUUGAAAAUAUUAUGGAAAAGAUGGAAAAUAAAUUAAAUUAUCGUAUAUAUGAUUUUAAAAAGUGUGCCGUCGUAUAUUAUCAACCAAAAAUUCAUAAACAAGAAAUAUCCUUAAGAUCGAUCAUUUCUACAACAAACAACUACAACUAUAAAUUAGCUAAAUAUUUAACAACAUUACUUGAAAAAGCAAGAACGAAACUAAAAUCAUAUAUUAAAGACUCAUCUACAUUUGCUAAACUGAUCCAACAACAAAAACCACAGAGAAAUGAUUUAAUGUUAAGUUUAGAUGUUGAACCGCUCUUCACAAAUAUACCAGUUCAUGAAACAAUUUAUUUACCUAUUAAAAUAUUUAUGAAAAAGAAACAACAAGAUAAUGAAUGUACAAAAUUAAAUAAAAAAGAUUUCGCUUACUCGAUUUAG